UUUUCCACUCGCUGCCUCUGCUUAGCGUAGUCAUCGAACUUUGAAAACCAGGAGCGGCUUUGAAAACAGCAAACUAUAAUCUCACAAUGCAGCGAGAUGUUAAAUUCACGUGGUGAAACAUAAACGAUUAUCUAUAGAAUAUUCAAUCGAAUUUUGAAAAUGAUGGCGGAAGAUUGGAAGGAUUGCGCUAAUAAUGACAUCGAAAUACGCAAAGUAACCAGCAAAGCAAGGAUAUCGCAUUUCAUUAGCAACGCGAUUGCCAUUACGCACACAGUCUCCAUAUGCUUUUACGGCAUUGGUAUCAUUUUGACCGAUGUCGACGUUACUGAUCAUACGAUCGAGAUACCCCACAUGUACAAGAUAGAAGUUCUGUUUGAAAUUAACACACAGAACACGUAUAGACUCACGUUAAUUAUGGAACUGUUACAUCUUCUGUUGGGUAGUCUUGGAAUGGGUAUUUUGAACGCAUUGCUUUUAGUAUUGAUCCUACACAUAGGCGGUCAGAUAGAUAUAUUGAUUUCUUGGUUGACGGAGCUAAUGUCGGUAGAAAGCGCAAAUAAACAUAGAUUCAACAUGAUGAAGAAGAUUAUCCGGAAACAUCAAAAAAUCAUUUACUUCGCGGAGAAUAUCGAGAAACUGUAUACAAUCAUCGCACUGCUGCAUUUUGUAUCAAACGUGGCAAUGAUUUGCAUAUUAGGAUUUUUAAUUAUAACAGUGAGUAAAAUUGUUAACAAAAGCGAAUAA